AAAAACCUCUUGCAGACUGAAAGGGCAUUGCCCACUCUUUGGCAUUGGAUGAAACAGCCUCCAACGUAAACAUCUUGUGCUGAGUGAAAUUUCAAGAGGGCCACCCCAGACUUUGGAGUCUCUCCUCAAAGAGGUUGAACACGAAGGAAGGAACAGCACCAGGUCUGGAAAUGGAGGGGCAGAUCACAGCCAAAUUGUGGGAUGAAGUGCAGGGAGAGGCAAAGAAAGGCCCUCAAAUGGUGCAUGUCGGAAGCAUUGGGACCUUUCUCAGCAAGGAGCCCCCGCCUCAGGUGAAACAAGAACUGGAAGAAGGAUUGCAGCAGCUCUGGGAAGCCCAAUGGCAGGAGUUCCUUAAAAGUGUGCAGGUCCCUGACUUGAGACCACUGCCUCAGCCCGUGUCCGGGAAUGACUUGAAGGAUUUCCAGUCAGCCCUCAAAGGAGUUGCUGAUGCCCCCCAGUGGUCGAGGGGAGGGUGGGUGGCCCAACCCCUGCCAGGCCUGGGCAGAGAAGACCACAAAGUAUACCGGAGUUUGGACUCCGUGAAGGAAGAAGUUCUGAAUGAGGACACCUUCCGUCUGGAGAUGCAGCGCCAGGAGUUCCGGCAGUUCUGCUACCAGGAGGCCAAAGGGCCCCGGGAAGUUUGUGACAAACUCCGGGAGCUUUGUUAUCAGUGGCUGACGCCGGAGAGACGCUCCAAAGAGCAGAUCCUGGAACUGCUGAUCCUGGAGCAGUUCCUGAUCAUCCUGCCUCUGGAAAUGCAGAGCUGGGUCCGGGAAAGUGGGCCCAAGAGCUGUGCCCAGGCCGUUGGUCUAGCAGAGGACUUCCUGAUGGGCCGGCGAGACAGCAAGAGAUGGGGACCGCAGAAGCCUGUGCCUAUCACAGAAGUGGCUGUGAAUUCCUCUGAAGCAAACGAUGUUCUGUCAGACUCUCGGGACAGGCAACUUUGCAGAGUGACCAAGCCAGACUUGGGCAAAGAAGGAAACAUUCCGGGUAAUGGGCCUUUUGGAGAUUCCAUUCGUCAGGUAGAUUCUGAUCAAGUGGAACCACAUGAUACAUCCAUGAAAAUCGGCUUAGUUUUCCAACAUUAUGAGAGAGGAACAAUGGUCUCUGAGCAGUCAGGGGCAGCAGCUAAGCAGGCGAAGGAUACAGAAAACAGGACAUCUGAAAUUCUUCCCUCUUGGGAAGGUGACUUUCGUGAGAAAGAAACCAAAAAGCACAAUUACGAGGAGCUAAAAAUGAGCAUUAAUGGUGAAGGAAGCUUCAAACUGAGCAGAGACCUUCUUAAACAUGAAACAGUCCCCGUAGAUGAAAAGCCCUUUAAGCCCUCACAGUUGGAGGACAGACGGGUUCUGCUCAAGUGUUCUGAGUGUGGGAAGAGUUUCAAUCAGAAACGAUACCUGACGGGGCAUAAACGGAUCCACAAGGGGGAGACGCCGUACAAAUGCUCGGACUGUGGGAGGAGCUUCAACCGCAAGUGGAACCUCAUUGCCCACAAGAGGAUCCACUCUGGGGAGAACCCCUACAAGUGCUCCGACUGUGGGAAGACAUUCAGUCAGAAGGGAAACCUCAUGACCCACGUGAGGAUUCACACAGGGGAGAAACCAUACAAGUGCGCUGAGUGUGGGAAAAGAUUCAGUCAGCGGGCAGGCCUUACAUCACACAGGAAAAGCCAUAUAAAAAUCAACAGUGUUGGAAAAGCCACCAUGGGCUAUCUGAUUUUCUUAAACCUAAGUGAAUCUGGACAAGAGGGGAGUCCUGUUCAAGCGCAGCGAAUAGAGACAAGUUUGCCUUCUUAAAGACAAACUAUUUUACACAGGAAAAAAUAAUUUGCAUAGGAGAUAACUCUUUAAAACCAUCUGACUGUAAUUGUAACAGGGUGUGGUUGCAUAUUAUUAAAGAUCAGAAAAUUUCUAGGAA